GUGAGUGUACAUGUGUGUAGGUCAGGCUGUGCAGUGGGUAGGACUGACUCUCCCCGUGUGUGGUGUGUAUCUGACAGCCUUACGAUGUGCAGGGUGUGAGGCUGGCGGUCACAGGUCAUGGCUCUGCCAGCUCUCCAGGGCACAGGAUUCCAGUUCCGGAGGAUCCUGGGUUAUUUUCCCCAGGAUAUCAGCCUUGCCUUUGCCUAUGGAUCUGCAGUCUUCAAGCAGAUUGGGGCUGCACAGACCAAUGUCCAGAACAUGGUGGACUUUGUGUUUGCGGUGGACGACCCAGUCACGUGGCACACCAUGAACCUGAUGCAGAACCGAAGUCACUACUCUGUGCUGAAGUAUCUGGGACCAAAGAAAAUAAGUACCGUACAGAACAAGUAUGGCGCCGGCGUCUAUUAUAACACCCUGGUUCCGUGUGACGGGAAGGUGAUAAAGUACGGCAUCGUGAGCACGGACACCCUCGUUGAAGACUUACUGCACUGGAGGACUUUGUACAUUGCUGGCCGCUUACACAAACCUGUGAAAAUUCUGGUGCAGAAAGAGAACGGGCGGCUCAAAGCAGCGCUGAACAGCAACCUGAAGAGCGCUGUCCUAGCCUCCUUCCUCAUGUUACCUGAAAGCUUUUCUGAAGAAGAUUUCUACCUGCAGAUCGCUGGUCUUUCGUAUUCAGGUGACUUCAGGAUGAUAAUUGGUGAAGAUAAAGCCAAAGUGAUGAAUAUUGUUAGACCGAACAUUGGACAUUUUCAGAAGCUGUACAGUAACAUACUACAGGAGUGUCCCCAGGCUGUGUACAAGCAAGCACAGGGCCGAAUAGAGGUAGAUAAGAGUCCAGAGGGUCAGUUUUUGCAGCUGAUGAGUUUGCCAAAGCAUUUACAACAGAAUAUUACAGAUCUUGUGGACCAGCCGGGAAGGAAUCGGGAUGUAGAAGAGGUGUUACUACAAGUAGCUCAGGACCCCGACUGCGGGAUUGUGGUACAGCAAGCUAUAUUUGGCAUAGUGAAAUCUUCGAGUUUGAGUCAAAGCGUUAAAGGGAUAGCGACUGCCGGGGUAAAGAAAACUAUUUGCUACAGUGCAAAGAAGCUGUACAAAAUGCUGCGGAGUCUGCGCCAUCCGUAAUCCUACUUGUGAUGAUUAGCCGUUUCAUUAUUUAUUCAUGUGGAUUUUCUUUUAUCAAAUAAGAACAAAAAAAAACAAAAAACUCUGGAACCUGAAGAUGAAGUUUCAUUUAUUUAUCACAUUCUGUACCGGUAAUUCCACUUUUAUAAUAUGGUUUUCUUUGUGUAAGAUUACCACAUUAACCCCUUUAACACCCCCUUCCUUCAAAUGUAUUUGUAUAGCUUAUGCACUUCAUUUUUAGCAGAUAAAGCAAAAUGCCUUUAACUAUUUCUACCUCCAGUAUGAUAUACACACAGCACAGGGGACGUCAUUUGUAGCUCCUGGUCUCCAAUUCACCCAACAAGGCCCAGCCAUAACCUACUGAUGUCUUCUAUAUCCUCAGGAUAGGUCCUCAAUAUCAGAUCAGCGUGGGUCCGGCAUAUCCGCGAGCAGCUGUAUGAGGAGACAGCGCGGUCAGAGCGUGCAUGUGCCGUCUCCCUUCUCUCUUCCUGUCUGCUGUCCCAUAGACAUACAGCAGAGAGAAAGGAGAUGGCACGUGCGCACUGCGUCGUCUCCUCAAACAGCUGAUCGGGGGGGGGUGCCGGAUGUCAGACCCCCGACGAUCUUAUAUCGAUGACCUAACCUCAGGAUAGGUCAUUAAUAGAAAAAAAAACAGACAACCUCUUUAAUAUUAACCCCUUAAUGAUAUGGCGUUUUUCACUCCCUGCCUUCCCAGAGCCAUAACUUUUUUUAAUUUUCCAUUCACAUAACUGUACGGGGGCAGUUUUUUUACGGCGUUGCCUUUGCGGUAAACUUGACCAGUUCCCUCCAUUGUCUAGGUCUGUGCGAUUACAGAGAUACCAAAUUUAUAUAGUUUUUCUUGUGAUUUAAUACUGAAAAGAAUAAAAAC